AUGUCUACUUCUCCCCAAGUCGUUAUUCGCAUUUUCCACCACGACGAUUUUACUCCACUGGAACCCGCAUUCGGCCCAUUCCUACAUCGGUCGAAUAUGAUGGAAUCGGACUCGGAUAUUGACUCGAACCCACAUCUUUCUGAGGGGUUUACAGAGACCGAUAACGAUACGCCGCCUGAGACUCCGCUGAGGGCUAAGAUAGAACUAACUGGCGAGGAUCAAUGUACUCAGCACAGGACAAAGGAAGCCCAGAAUGGAUCGUGUGGUCGUACACCAGUGAUGCCAGCCCCUGCUCAUUUCUCCGAACCUCUUCAAAUUGCGACCCCUGAUCCAAUACGUCCAGUUCCAUAUGCAAUUCGUUCAUUUGGAUGCUCGAAGUUGGAGGAAGAUGAUAGGGGCUAUGAUUCUGAACGCGAAGGAAGGCCUGGAUUGCGCAAGUUUCGUUCGUUUCAAUCUCUUGCUAUUGAACAAGACAAACCUGCUGCGAAACGUCCUGGAUUACCUACUCGAGCGACUUCUUUUGUGGUCCGACAGCCAGGAGGGGGUAAAUCUACGGUUACAUCAGGUCCUGUGACCUAUCAUUCCCCUCGGUUUCACAAGCAUGGGUUCCAAUAUUCGCCUCGACCACCCCACCUGACUCCCAUGGUCCCUAUCAAUUCGAAUCAGCCUAUUCCGGAUAUAGUAGGAUGUUCGGCAGAAGUUCCGCCACUCGAGGAUAAUUUUGGACACCCCUUGUCUCCCGAAGAGGAAGCUCAGCUUUGGUCUGAUUUGGUAACCUGUCCGUUGGAGGAUGCCGAUCCCCCUGCGACUGAUUCCAAAGCUAAAGAUAGGAGCAAUGAGAGUACUGGUUUGGGACUGGGACUGCCUGUAGCGUUGGAAGGAGGUACUUGGAGAAUGCUUGCAACAGUACCCAGACAAUCAGCCGGUAUGCUCGACAAAUCGCCCAGGGGCCACUCCAACAAUCUUAUAGCCGAUUAUUCUCCCGGUGCGCCAAUACUCCUGGUAUUUACCCUAUCCUUUACGAUGAUACGGACCUAUCCCCUCUGA